AUGGGAUUCGAAUCAACUAGUUCAGGAGUCGCAGCCAGUAUAUUCUUGGGAUUAUACACACUGUAUCUUUUGUUAGCGAUAAACGUUGUCCGACACGAGGGAUUCAAGUUUAUCUAUAGGAUAUUAUUGAUGUUUGGAUUAUUUAGAGUUGCAGGGCAGCUUUGUGGAGUUGCAUUUUCGGUGUUAGGGGUUGAGCAUUGGCAAUGGCUCAUUGCAUAUUUAGUGUUUACUGCAGAGGGGUACUUCACGUUGAUUGUUGCAGCAUUUUAUUUUAUUGUUCAGUGUCAGGUAAAACAGACCGGGAGUUCGUGGUUACUGAGUCACAAGGAUGAAGUUGACACUAAAAGUGGGAGUGACGAGAGAGGAAGUGAUGAAAAUGCGAGUGAUGAAAAUGCGAAUGCAGAGAGAGUGAGCUAUGAGAAAGCGAACAAGGAAAAGGGAGGUUAUCGUAAAAAGGGAGAUGAAGAAGCGAGUGGUGGAAAAUGGAAGAAACAUAAAUCGUCCGUGUCAUGGUCUACUGUUUUCUACAUGUUUUUAAUCCCGGCCAAUGCAUUUAUUGUUGGCGGGGGUUCGCUAUUGACGGGGGCCAACGCUGAUGAAUUGAAUAAGGAGACCGGAAAAGUCAGUACAUCUAAGGCUUUAAGGACAACGGGACAAACUAUUUUCCUCAUUCAAACUGUUAUUGUGGUCCUUCUUCUGGUUUAUGUGUACGUCAAGGAGAAAAUAAGAGGCCGCACCAUGCAUUUGUUGUUUGCAGCUUUACCAUUUUUGCUCGUGAGAGGUAUAUUUGGAAUCAUGUCUAUUUAUGUUGACAAGAUGAAUUACUACAAGCUUUCAAACUACACUGCAGAAGGUCUAACAUCCGAUUUCAUCGCAUACGAAUACUGCCUUGCUACGACGAUGGAGUUUAUAGCUGCUUGUCUCUUGAUUUCCAACUAUUAUCUUGAUCGUGAUGCGAAGGUGGUCGACAGAGAAAAGAUCGAGGAGUAUGAAAAGGAAAGUAUUUUCAAGAAGAUUUUAACUAUACUAGUCCUCCUGUAG